AUGCUGUCGAGCGAUCUCCUCAGCUGUGGCAUCGACCGGUGGUACCCGGACCUGCGCCGGCUCACCAUCCGGAGCGUCCUCGUCCCGCUUCCGUCCGACUUUGCCGCCUACCUCGUCGCCGACGGCGUCGUGCUCCCUGGCGGCGAUGACGAGGCUGGCGCGAGCCCGGCGGGCGAGGAGGCGGACGACGAGUCCGCGGACGGCUCGGCGACGUUGGCGCUCCCCGCCUCGUUCGAGGCGGUCCGACGCGCCAUCGACGACGGCAUCGAGCGGCUCGGCGGCGCCGUCUUUGUCAAGCUCAACUGGUCGGCGCCUCGCGACGCCGCGUGGGUGCUGGGCGGCAGCCUCAAGUGCACGAGCUCGGAGGACGUGCUGCUGCUGCUGCAGUCGUCGGACCGCGCCGCCCACGACCUGACCGAGGCGCGCCGGAUGUGCGAGGACGCCGCCGCCGCCGGCGAGGGCGGCGCAGGCGUGGACGCGGCCGGCGAGCCGCACGGCUUUGUGCUCGCCCUGCGAAAGUGGUGCGAGCUGCAGCCCUCGCGCGAGUUCCGCUGCUUCCGCGGCGCCGGCGGCCGGCUGCUCGCCGCGUGCCAGCGCGACCGCUUCUCGCACUUCCCGGAGCUGGGCGCGCGGCGCUCGCACGACCUCGGCCUGCUCGAGGCGUUUGGGAGGGAGCUGCCCUCUGCGCCCGCUCGGGUGGUGUGGGACGCGUACGUGGACCGGAACGACAAGGUGCACCUCGUCGACCUCGCGCCCUUCCACGAGUCGACCGACCCGCUCCUCUUCGAGUGGGAGGAGCUCGUCGCGCUCGACGACGCCGCCGCCUCGCCGCCGCAGCUCCGGCUGGUGGCGGAGGGACACAUCGCGCCCUCGGCUUCAAUUUACAACGGCUGGCCGCAGGAGCUGCAGCAGCUCGGCCAGCAGGACCUCGAGUCGCUGAUACAGACCGCGCAGAAGGCCGCGAAAAGCGCAGACUCGUAG